AUGAAUUCACAAAUCCGAGCUGCCGAUCCUCAACUAGAACCCCAACACUUGAGCAUUCACCAUGCCAAAGAAUCAUGCUUCAGGCGUAUUGACGACUGCCUGGCCCAACAGAAUCCCGAAUUCGUCGCAAAAGCCCAAACCGUAGAGCAGAUGCUACAGCUGUGGGCGAAGCACUCCGGAGUCGAUGCUCGCAAGGGCAUGUCCCUCGAUGACCGCCUCAAGGACCACCUCGAUCUCAAAGCAACCCUCAUAGGCUUGCUUGAGUUGAUUGAACAAAAAAUGGGACAAGCACUGUCCUCUCCGGAUGAGCAUGGUGAUGCUGAAACAGCCCCGGCCUUCGUGUCAAGAGACAAUGAUGAUAUCGACCCCGAGGAGUUUCUGAUCAAGCAGAAGUGGAGGAGCUACAAGGGAAACGCAUGGGAAACCGUCGGCGGGUCUAUUGACAUGCUCAUCGAGCUCACGGCAAUGAUUCGAAAGUCGACAGUGCGGAACGCGAGCUUGCCAUCACACUUCCACCGACCUGACGACUAUUUUGCAGAAUAUUCCAAGCUUCUCGCCAGGAAUUGGUUCAAGGAUGCCAGGCGGUCCUUUACCGACCAACUAGGUGACUCCGUCUUUGUUCGGCGCAAUCAUAUGCUAUACAAAAUGAAGCAUGAGGAGAAGAUCAGCUACUCUGGCGCUGAUCUCACCCCUGUGCCGUCUGAGCCGACACCUGCUCCUCUACUAACAACAGAGACUAGACGGGGGAUGGAACCUCUUAAAGAGACUACCCUACGGAUCGGAUCGCCGCAUCCAGCAGCCCGCAUCUUUGCCAACCCAACUCCGUCAAGCACAAACCUCUCUCAGUUCGACCGAAACAAAUUCAAACAGCGCAAUCGAAAGAUUGGGGCUCUCUCUGGUAUCACUGAAGGCUCUGUCUCCGUUGAGGAGACGAGUUUUUCAUACAUGUAUCCCGAGCCUCCGGCUCUGGGUGAGAAGGAACGAUAUGGCGUUUGCCCAUAUUGCUCGGUGUUACUUUCAGCUUCGAAGUUGACCAAGGGAGCAUGGAGGCAACACUUGCAUGAAGAUAUCCAGCCUUACGUAUGCAUAUCAGAGAAAUGUCGGCAUCCGGCACAGUUCUUCUCGAAUUCAACACAGUGGCUACAACAUAUGGACAAGUUCCACGGCAGAGACUGGCCACAGAGGGUACACAUGGCAACAUGGUUCUGCGACAAGGAGCACGACAGGCUAGAGUUCAAGAGCGAAUGCGAGUUGCAGAAGCACCUCAAUCGUGAUCAUACAUCUUUGAGCGAUGCUCAUGUCAACGCCUUGGUUCGACGCAAUUGGGGUGUUGGCUGCAGAGAGCCCCAUGUCUGCCCUUUGUGCGAAUCAACACCAAGCAACAUUGUGCCUCUGAUGAACAACAAGGACAAGGCGCUUCUUCUUUGCCGACACAUCGGUGAUCACCUCAAAGCCAUUGCCUUAUUCUCUCUGCCGUCCUUGAGCACUGAUCCUGCCAACGAUGAACAAAAGUCCAGCUCUGGAGCUCAGCUUCCAAGCAAUGAGGAUUCUGGAGGUGAUUCUGCCAGAAAAAAUCAGGCAGUUGCUCAACUCGUCGAGGAUCUCGAGGGCAGCCUCACAUUCGAUGAUGACCCCAGCCGCCUUGUGGACGCUGUAGCCUCUGAGGCAACGAUCAACGAACGGCAUAUAUCUGAUGUUCCUUCUGAUCUUGACGCUGCUUUGGAGUGGAAAUUCGCCAGUUCAGAGCAAGAACCCCCUGAACUUGAUCCUGUUUUGGAAAUUUUGAGAAGAAUGCGCGAAGAAGAAAAACUGGCAACUAACUCCACUGAGCAACUCGGGAGAGCCAGCCUGUACAAGCAGAUUCGUACGAAACUUGUUAAGAGUGUCUUUGAUGAGGCGGAAGUGUAUUUCUUGCCAAAUGGGAGCCUUGACAGCCUCAUCACCAAAGAAUCCGUGGUCAGGGAGCUGUUGUCCUCGAAAGCUCAGCACAAGGCGGAAGUGGAAAGUUUGGCUGAAUUCAUCUUGAUUUCUGCGAAGAAAUUGUUUGGCAUUGUUAUAUUGCUCACAGACCCCACCCUCUACCAGUUGAUACGGAAGAGAAUGGAGGUUUUCCGCAACAAAGGCAUGACUGACAGUAACCUGCCCCUACAAGGAUCGUGGUGGGUGGAGAAUUUCUCGACUGGAGCCAUUGGCGACACGAAGAUUGAAGAUGUGUCGGAUCGUAGCAUCUUUGGUUAUGACGAGUUAUGGCCAAUUUCUACGGUUGAGUACUUUUGUAUCAUCCAGCACAGGUUUCUGGCUCCAGUCUUUUCAAGCACUGGGCUCAGUUACGAUUUCGAGCCAGACACCAUCCUCCCAUUCACAGAGAGAGACACCGACCUCAGUCAACCGGCAUGGAAUAUCCGGUACAGGAUUCAUGAAAAACACAUCAAUCAAGAGACAAUAGAUACUCGUCGUCCGUACUACGUUGACGUGAAAAAAGCAUACGACGCCUCGGGCAUGGAGUCAUCCUGGGAUGACGACGUCGAAACUCUAUCUCACAUAAACUCGCUCAACCACGAACACCUUGUUCGUUUUCUCGCCGCCUUUCGAAGGGGGCGGCAAGACGGGUACUUCAUGUUUGAAUGGGCCAGCGGCGGAAAUUUGAGAAACUUAUGGCUCACUUUCCAUCGACCAAAGUUGACCUCAGGAUUAGUCAAGUCAGCGUUUCGACAAAUGGCUGGACUCGCUAGCGCCAUUAACAGGGUUCAUUCUGAUCCAAAGUUGCCUUGUUUGCCCCACAGUGACUUGAAACCAGAACACAUAUAUGUGUUCAGCAACCACAAUGGCAAUGAGCUUGGAACCCUGAAGAUUGGCGCCGGAGAGUUGUGGUCAGAGAUCGAAAGCGAGAGAGGUCAUUUCGCGUACGAGACCAAAUGGGGUUGGUCCUACGAAGCACCAGAAUUGAACAACUCUGGAUUAUACUUCAAAGAACCCCAGCCGCGUGCCUCUGACAUCUGGUCAAUGGGAUGCAUAAUGCUUGAGUUCCUAAUCUGGCUCAUUUAUGGCAUGGAUGGUUUGCAUAGGUUCAGCGGGGUGAAACAGUCGGCGUUCGUGUUCUCGGCAAGAGACUUCUAUCAAGAAACACAAGAGAGCCAGGACGGCACGCGGGUAGUCACAGUUGACCCCAUUGUGCUUAAAUGGAUGGACCAUAUGGCUGCGGACCCGGCGUGUGAAGUCGAGACAACCGCCCUCGGAAACCUGCUGGAGCUUAUCAGAACUCGUCUUCUGGUAGUAAAGCCGCCACCCGACCACAGGUUAGCCAAAGUGUUCGCCAGGCCUCAUUCCUCUGUUGCGAGUCAGUCACACCAAACGUGGGAGCGUUGUACAUCCAGUGAGCUCGAAGAGCGGAUGCGAGAAAUCUCGGAUAAGAAUGAAACCGAGAGGUACUGGCUAGCAGCCCAGCCCAAAUCUCCUCCAGAGAUCAAGAGAGGAUAG